CCAAAGAGUUAUUCUAAUUACACAGAGUGAAUAUGAUUAGCCACUUGGUGCCGACGCUCGGAUACUUUUGUAAUUAACCGUUCAAAGAUUGGAGUAGAAAGAAGAAACCUCCCGAGGUGUACAUUGGGAAUGAAAACAAAAGCUUUUCCAGGCGUAUUCCUUCCUCUCCCAGGGGCCGGACGGGUUGCGUUCCAAAUUAAGUCGACCAAGGGAAAAUGAGUUACUUUCAAAAAAUUGGGUUGACGAGCGACAACCGAAACCCAGAAGGGAAAGGUAGAUCGAGGGUGCAAACCACUUCAAAUGGGAUCUGCUUAUUUCCUUUUCUCUCUUUGAGGCAGAAGACCAAAGGCAAACAAGCUCGGGUUUUCCUCCGAUCGCCCUGGAAAAGCUUAGCUGAAGAGGAAAUAAAGGCAGAGCAGGAGGUGGUGGAAGGGAUGGAUAUCUCUACUCGCUCCAAAGAUCCUGGUUCUACUGAGCGAGCAGCACAAAAAAGGAAAUUUCCCAGCCCUCCUCACUCUUCCAAUGGCCACUCUCCGCAAGAGACGUCGACGAGUCCUAUUAAAAAGAAAAAGAAACCUGGUUUAUUGAACAAUAACAGUAAGGAACAGUCAGAACUAAGACACGGUCCGUUUUACUAUAUGAAGCAGCCACUCACCACAGACCCUGUUGAUGUUGUACCACAGGAUGGACGGAAUGAUUUCUAUUGCUGGGUUUGUCACCGAGAAGGCCAAGUUCUCUGCUGUGAGCUCUGUCCUCGGGUUUAUCAUGCUAAGUGUCUGAAACUGACAGCGGAGCCAGAGGGGGAUUGGUUUUGCCCAGAAUGUGAGAAAAUUACUGUAGCAGAAUGCAUCGAGACGCAGAGCAAAGCUAUGACAAUGCUCACCAUUGAACAGUUAUCCUACCUGCUCAAGUUUGCACUACAGAAAAUGAAGCAGCCAGGGACAGAGCCAUUUCAAAAACCAGUGUCACUGGAUCAGCACCCAGAUUAUGCAGAAUACAUCUUUCAUCCAAUGGAUCUUUGUACGUUAGAAAAGAAUGUUAAAAAGAAAAUGUAUGGUUGCACUGAAGCUUUUUUGGCCGAUGCCAAAUGGAUUUUGCACAACUGCAUCAUUUACAACGGGGGAAAUCACAAAUUGACACAAACGGCAAAAGUAAUAAUUAAAAUCUGUGAACAUGAGAUGAAUGAAAUCGAAGUAUGUCCAGAAUGUUAUCUAGCUGCUUGCCAAAAACGAGAGAACUGGUUUUGUGAGCCUUGUAGCAAUCCACACCCUUUGGUCUGGGCGAAAUUAAAAGGAUUCCCAUUCUGGCCUGCUAAAGCACUAAGGGAUAAAGACGGACAAGUGGACGCCCGCUUCUUUGGACAACAUGACAGGGCCUGGGUUCCAAUAAAUAAUUGCUACCUCAUGUCAAAAGAAAUUCCUUUUUCUGUGAAAAAGACAAAAAGCAUCUUCAACAGUGCAAUGCAAGAGAUGGAGGUUUACGUCGAGAACAUUCGCAGGAAGUUUGGAGUCUUUAACUACGCCCCUUUCCGGACGCCAUACACGCCUAACAACCAGUACCAAAUGUUACUAGAUCCCGCCAACCCGGGGGCCGGCAUGGCAAAGACCGACAAACAGGAGAAAAUCAAGCUGAACUUUGACAUGACGGCGUCCCCCAAAAUCUUAAUGAGCAAACCCCUGCUGAGCAGCGGCACAGGCCGAAGGAUUUCUCUGACAGACAUGCCCCGCUCCCCGAUGAGCACGAACUCCUCAGUUCACACCGGGUCGGACGCCGAGCAAGACGCGGAGAAGAAGGCCACGUCUAGUCAUUUCAGCGCGAGCGAGGAGUCCAUGGACUUCAUCGACAAGAACACAGCCUCUCCAGCCUCAACAAAGAUGGGUCAAGCAGGGAGUUUGUCUGGCAGUCCGAAAUCUUUCUCUCCUCAAGCUUCAACACCUAUUGCUGCUAAGCAAGAGAGAACUUCCACUCCCGGAAGCAUUCUGAAUCUUAACCUUGAUCGCAGUAAAGCAGAGAUGGACCUGAAAGAACUGAGUGAAUCAGUCCAGCAACACUCUACCCCUGUGCCAUUAAUUUCACCAAAAAGACAGAUUCGCAGCCGAUUCCAGCUUAAUCUGGACAAGACAAUAGAGAGUUGCAAAGCACAAUUAGGAAUCAAUGAGAUCUCUGAGGAUGUCUAUACAGCCGUAGAGCACAGCGAUUCUGAGGAUUCUGAAAAGUCAGACACGAGCGACAGUGAAUACAUCACGGACGACGAGCAAAAAUCCAAGAACGAGCAGGAAGAUGGCGAGGACAAGGAGAGUGGAAGAACUGACAAGGAGUCGUCUACCAUGAAAAAAAAGCCCAAGCAAUCAGCCCCAGCAGAGGUUAAAGAGGAACUCAAAAGCACGUCGCCCUCGGGGGAAAAGGCUGAACCCGCAGCCAAGGAAAAAACCGGCCCCGACUCGGAAAAGGACUUUUCGGAGAAGGGGAAAAGUUUGCCUGUUCCAGCCAAGGAAAAGGUGAAAGGCAAAGAUGACACCGACUCCCCUACCGUCCAUCUGGGUCUGGAUUCGGAUUCUGAGAGCGAACUUGUCAUUGACCUUGGAGAAGACCACCCUGGGCGCGAAGGGCGGAGAAGCAAGAAGGAGUCCAAAGAGACAGCGGUGAAACCAGAAGCCACAGGCAAAGCCGCACCUCCUCCGAGCGCCAGCAGCCAGGCCCCCCCGGAAACACCGGUCCUGACCCGGUCAGCCACCCAAACUCCCUCAGCCGGCCCAGCCCCCACGACCAGCGCCGCGUCCGCUCUCCUGGCCCCGCCAGCCGCCUCAGGGAGCCCCGUGAAAAAGCAGAGGCCGCUGCUCCCUAAGGAGACGGCUCCGGCCGUCCAGCGAGUCGUGUGGAAUUCGUCAAGUAAGUUUCAAACAUCUUCUCAGAAAUGGCACAUGCAGAAGGUCCAGCGUCAGCAGCAGCAACAGCAGAGCCAACAGAGCCACCAGCAGCCCCAGUCCUCUCAAGGGACAAGAUAUCAGACGAGACAGGCUGUCAAAGCUGUGCAGCAGAAGGAGAUCACACAGAGCACCUCCACCUCGACGAUCACCCUGGUUACGAGCACCCAGCCGGUUCCUAUGGUUACCAGUUCAGGAUCCUCAAGCACGCUGUCUUCUUCGCUGAAUACCGACCUACCUAUAGCUACGGCAUCGGCUGACGUCGCGGCGGACAUCGCGAAGUACACGAGCAAAAUGAUGGAUGCAAUAAAAGGAACAAUGACAGAAAUAUACAACGAUCUUUCUAAAAAUACCACCGGAAGUACCAUUGCGGAGAUUCGCCGCUUGCGAAUUGAGAUCGAGAAACUUCAGUGGCUUCAUCAGCAGGAGCUCUCGGAGAUGAAGCACAACCUCGAACUGACCAUGGCUGAGAUGAGGCAGAGCCUGGAGCAGGAGCGAGACCGUCUCAUCGCUGAGGUGAAGAAGCAGCUGGAAUUGGAGAAGCAGCAAGCUGUGGAUGAGACGAAGAAGAAACAGUGGUGCGCCAACUGCAAGAAAGAAGCCAUCUUCUACUGCUGCUGGAACACUAGCUACUGCGACUACCCAUGCCAGCAAGCUCACUGGCCUGAGCACAUGAAAUCAUGCACCCAAUCAGCGACCGCAACCCAGCAAGAAGCAGACACCGAAAUGAGCUCAGAAACGUUAAGUAAGUCAUCCCUGCCCGCUUCUAGCGCACAGCCUCCCCCUGCAGAAUCGACCAACACCUCCAAAGACAAGGAAAGCCCAUCGGAGAAAAACAAGGACACUGUCACAACAAUCCCCGUAGUGGUAAGUCCCACGGCGGGGACGGUGGCGAUGAGAACAGGAGUCCAGUACGUUCAGACGACGAUGCCCAUGCAAGUCCGAAGAGUCUGACCUCCUAAGAGGAGCGAAAAAAAAAACAAAAACACCCCGCAUAUUCCAGACCGCGAGGAAACGUCGGAAACCUGUCCGAGGGAAAUGGGAGAAGGCGGCUCACCCUGCUUUGGAAAAACUUCAGAAGUCCAGACUCGAGCUUUGUACGGGAGUACAAAGCAUAAACUACACUACAUUAAUGUAAAGCAUUAGCGUUGACUUUAAAAGGCUGCGGACUUUUGAAACCCACGUGGCUCCUAUGCUUCUGUUGUAAAUAAUGUACAAUUUGUGGAUGUCAUUAAACUUAGAGUACCACCUCCUUUUUAUAUUUGUAUUGACUUUAACUUAUAAGAGAGGGUUUUGAAGCUGGUCACGGGAGUGUUGGGACAUCUCCGUCUCCAAACUGGUGUUUAAAGCUGAUCUGGUGUGGAAGUUGGCAGUUGCACGUAGAAAUCAGCAGUGCUUGGUAAUCAAGAGGAAAGCCUGAACGCUUAAUUUGCAGUUGCGUACGUCCCGCGCGGGGACGAAAGCGAUUCCUGCACAAAGACGUGUCAGCGGGCAAGCCGUGGUGACAACCUGUGCUGCUGAUGUUCCAUUUUUAAAUAACUAUUUUAUUACGUUAUUAUGUAAUGUUUGCUCUGUGGGCCUGGAGAACACACAAUGAAGAGAUUUUAUUUUGCGUGGUUUACGCGGUGACCAGAUUCCGAAAAGAAAAAAAAAAACAAACCUAUGAUUUUUGUUUACAGAAAAUGAGGUUAAAAAAGCCAUUCAGUUUAUUGGCAAAAGAGUAGAAAAAUGUUAGUAACAAGUGGUGGCGAAAAAAAAUCAAUGUUGGGCAGUAGAAUCAGAAAUCAUGAACCUGGAAAUCUUUUCUUCUUCUAGUUUACUUUUUAAAAAAUCCUCUUAAAAGACUUCGAGAUGCUUUUAGAGUGGAACGACAACUUGAACCUAAGAGGAGGAAAUGGACAAAGGACCUUUAAUGCUGGGAUAUAGCAUGUAUUAUUUAUAUGAUGGGAUUUUAUGUUUUUAUGUAAGCAUGACACAGUACAGUAUGAGAGAAAGCAACCACCAAAAUGCUGUUACACACUACUUAAACUGUAGUACCAUUUUGUAUGUUGUGUAAAACGAAAGCAUUGAACAAAGCAAAGGUGAUGUAUGUAUAUGAGAAAAAUAAUUGUAUAUCAUUCCAGUACAUUUUGUUGUACAUUUUAGUCUUGUUUAAUUUUUCCCAUUGUUUAUAAAGGAAGCGAACUGUACAGUCUCCAGCUAGUACAUCCCCCCUCCCCCUGACAUUAGAGGAAAAAAAAAAUAUUAGAAGGAAAAAAAAGAGAAAGCAAACAUUUGUGAAUCGCAGUUGUUGAAAAUAGCCUAGCUGGCCUUAUUUGUGAAGCAUAAUUGCUUUUAGCAUAUGGAAGUAUUUUUUCACAUUUUCUUUGUAUAAAAUUUGUAUUAAACUUAAAUAUCUUUUUUGAU